AUGGGCGACAACGAGACCCCCGCGACUCCGGCGUGGCAGGAGCGCCGCCGGCCUCACGCUGCGAAGCGGCAGCAGUGCGAAAAGGAGUUUGCGGCGCAUAAGCGGCAGGUGAUGAUGAAUCUUUCUAGCAACGCGUGCGACCACAGCCCCAAGGGCGGCGUGGACCGCAAGUGCCUCCCCCUCAUGCAGCUCUUGAACACCGAUGACGAUUACGUAACGACGAGCAGUUGCUCGGGCCGCAUCGCACUCUUCCACAGUGUCGCUGUUCCGGAGGAUCGUGCGGGUGCGGAGCCGGCGGCGGUGAAGCGCGGCGACAAGGACGCACUGGGGUGGCUGUUGGUCAAACACGACACCCUCACAGGGCGCGAGAUCGAGCUCCUGGUGCACGCCCUGUGCGACGGUGCGGAAGCGGGCGCCGGCGCUGCACCGGCGGAGGCGCAGGACGAGGAAGGGCGGCAACAGGCGGGCGAGUUGGGCGGGGUUUGGGUGCGGGAGGGGGUGCUGCGGCCCGCCGCCCUCCCCGCCUUUGGCAUGGUCGCGCUGAAGAUGGAGCCCUUCGUGAUGCACGUCGAGUGCCGCACGAUGGAGGGCGCGAAGCGGUUGUUGUCUGCCGCCGCGGCCGACGCCGGAUUCCGCAACAGCGGGGUGACGCCGCCCGGGAAGAAAAUCAUGUGCGGGAUCCGACACGCCCCCGGACUGGGGCUCGAUGUCCCGCUCGUAAUGGACGGCGUGAACUACGUGACGGGCCAGCACGCCUACGUGCGGCGCCUCUUGCAGGUGGCAAACACGAAGAUGCAAGGCAACGACGUGCGGCUGCGCCGGCUGGAGGCUGCUGUUGCCGCCCGCCUUGCCGAGCGAGGCGAAAGGGAGCUUUGA